CAUGUCGCGACGGUCACGGGGUAAACAGUCAUGGGAGGUACGCGCUUCUACUCUCGCCAGGAAUACACAUAACCUGAUACGAGGAAUAGUGGAGAACUUACAAGUGGAGCCGAAUCCAAAUAAACAAUUAAUUGCUCUUUCCGUUGGUGACCCGACGACAUUUGGUAAUCUCAAUCCUCCAGAGCAAGUGCUCCAGUCUGUUCGUGAGAGUAUACAAUGGCAUACAAGUCGAGGAUAUGCUCCUGUCACGGGUCACCUGGAGGCGAGGCAAGCUGUAGCUGAAUAUAGUGCUCAUCAAGGCCCUAUAUCACCGGAUAACGUAAUACUUUGCAGUGGUUGCUCCCAUGCUUUAGAACUUGCCAUCACAGUAUUAGCAGACUCUGGCCAAAAUGUGCUUGUACCACGGCCGGGUUUUAUGAUAUAUAAGACAGUUGCUGAAGGAUUGGGAAUAGUAAUAAAAUAUUAUGAUUUAUUGCCUCAUAAACAAUGGGAAGUGGACUUGGAUGAUUUGGAAAGUCAAAUAGACGAUGAUACGGCAGCUAUAGUAGUUAUUAACCCAUCGAAUCCAUGUGGUUCGGUCUAUAACAGAGAUCACUUAAGUGACAUAAUAAAUAUAGCUGCUAGAAAUCAUAUACCAAUAAUUGCAGACGAAAUAUACGAACACUUCGUAUUUUCUGGUCACGAAUUUAUUUCUAUGUCUGCCUUGUCCAAGGAUGUACCUAUACUGACUUGCAGUGGUUUAACCAAACGAUUCUUAGUUCCUGGAUGGAGAAUGGGGUGGUUGAUAGUUCACGAUCGCCAUAAUAUUUUAGGAAAAGAAAUUGUGAAGGGCUUAAAUAAUGUAGCAAGUAAAAUUUUAGGACCAUGUACAUUAAUUCAAAGGGCACUGCCGUCGAUAUUAAAAAAUACGCCGCAAACUUUUUUCGAUGAAGUGGUUUUGUUUAUUGAGAAUCAAGCAAAACUUGCGUACGAAGAACUACGUGGAGUGCCAGGACUACGGCCUAUAAUGCCUCAGGGUGCUAUGUACAUGAUGAUUGAAAUUAAAAUGUCAAUGUUUCCAAAGUUUGAGAAUGAACUCAAAUUCGUAGAAAGUAUGGUUUCGGAACAAUCCGUAUUCUGCUUGCCUGGAAAGUGUUUUUGUUAUCCCAAUUAUAUGAGAAUAGUCUUAACAGUACCUGAAGAUAUACUGCGAGAGGCUUGUCAGAGAAUAACAUUAUUUUGUAAAGAGAAUAUUACAUCAAGAGAAAAGAUAAGAGAAUUUGAAAAUAACGAAGUGUCUGUACAAAAAGAUACUAAUGUGAUAUGUGAAGAUAUACCAACCAUUGCAUAAUUUCAUAGUAAUUUUAGAUAAGUUUAUUAGUUACCUAUUUAACUGAAUAUGUUUCUACCUACUUAUCUACUGUUAAUACUUAGGUUCAUUUAAGUGUAUGUUUAUAUAGGUAAGUACACUAAAAUUUGAUAUGUCGUUGAUUGUUUUAAUAAUAAA